AUGGCCACUGGGAUUGCAAGAGAUGCAACGGCUUCAGUGGCGGUGGAAAUCGCCAGUGAAGUGCAAAAAAGGCAUCCUUAUAGUUUGGCUAUUCCGGGAUUUGUAGCUGCACAGCUUUCGGUGGUGUCGAUUUUGGGCAUUUUUGCCACAGCUUGCGCGCUCGUUGUUACAUUGGUUUGGAGAUUUUCAAAAAGGCUUCGUUACUUGAGGAAUGUGGAGCGCUGCUUAAUGUGUUGGUGGGCAGUAACGGGGCUCAUUCACGUUGUCUUGGAGGGCUAUUUUGUUUUCACGCCGGACUUCUACAAGAAGAAGGAGAUUCACUAUUUAGCAGAAGUUUGGAAGGAGUAUAACAAAGGUGAUUCUAGAUAUGCAGCAAGGGAUCCGGCCAUUGUGACUGUUGAAGCGAUCACGGCGGUUUUUGUAGGCCCUGCAAGCUUGCUUUGCGUAUUCGCAAUUGCAAAAGAAAAAUUCUACCAGUAUCCUCUUCAGCUUGUUGUAUCCAUAGCGCAACUUUAUGGCGACACUGUCUAUUACGGCACAGUGUUUGUUGAUGGGCGAGAGUUUUCAGCUCCUGGAUUUCUCUAUUACUGGUUCUAUUUUAUGUUUCUAAAUUCCAUUUGGAUUUUAGUGCCUAUUGUAAUUGCCACACAAAGUUGGCAUCGAAUUUGCAUUUUGAUGCAGUUGAGUAAGAAGCUACAUUAGUUUUAA